UUCAACAACUUCAACUCUCUCCCUCUCUCUGUCUCUCUGUCUCUCUCUGUUUUCAUGGCUAAAUUGUUCACAGUGCAGGUUCUUGAGCAUUGCUUUGUCUCUCCCCCACCAAAUUCAGCUCCAAAAGCCUCACUACUCCCUCUAACCUUCUUUGACAUUCCAUGGCUUUUCAUCUCUCCAGGCCAACCUCUGUUCUUCUAUGAAUAUCCCUACCCCACCUCCUUUUUCACAUCCACAACCCUCCCAAAUCUCAAGCACUCCCUCUCCUUGACUCUUCAGCACUACUACCCUUUUGCAGGAAACCUUCUGCUACCAUCUCAGCCAGCCAAGCCGGAGCUUCUCUACACCGACGGUGACAAGGUUGGCCUGACAUUUGCAGAGUCCGGUGGAGACUUCAGCCAUCUUUCAGGUAACCAUCCAAGAGAUGUCAAUCAAUUCUACCAGCUUCUGCCCAAGUUGCCAAAGUGUGUGUCAGGGGAAAAGCAGUUGCAUCCUUUGCUUGCUGUUCAAGUUACUGUUUUUCCAAACUGUGGAAUUUGUAUUGGAUUAACAUACCAUUAUGUUGCUGCUGAUGGAAGGACCUUCAACAAUUUCAUGAAGACUUGGGCAUGGUAUUAUUGUGGUAUUCGAGAUUCUUCUUUUCCAAUCAAGUAUUUACCCUCUUAUGAUAGAUCAGUCAUCAUUGACACAGAUGGGCUAGAGGAAAUUUUCUUGAAGGAGUGGUGGAACAGAAAAUCUUCACAAGAAGUUGUUGUAGAUUUGUCCAAAAUGGUUCGAGCCACAUUUGUGAUGAGUUUGAACGAUAUGGAGAGAAUCAAAAAAUGGAUAAUAGCUCAAUGCAGGAAGAAAAACCAGUCACCCCCAAUACAUUUAUCACCAUCUGUACUAGUUUGUGCAUUUGUAUGGGUUUGUCUGCUUAAAACCCAAGUGGGUUUGAAUGAGAAAUGUUUUGGGGAGGAUUCAGCUUAUUUUGGGUUUAAUGCAGGUGGGAUUACCCGUCUGGAUUAUCCAGUGCCUGCAACAUAUUCUGGUAAUUGCCUUGGGUUUGGCAGGUCAAUGGCAAAGAUCAAAGAGUUGCUUGCUGAUGAAGGGAUUGUAGUUGCAGCUGAUGUGAUUGGAAACACUGUUAAGAAAUUGGACAGAGCAUUUCUUGGAGGGGCAGAGAAGUGGAUUUCAGAAUGGGGGGUGUUGAUUGGAUCAGAGCUCCAUGUUUUGGUUUCUUGGUCUCCAAAGCUUGAUCUUUAUGAGACAGAUUUUGGGUGGGGGAAGCCUAGAAAAAUAGAGGAGAUUUCUAUAGACAGAAUGAGGGCCAUUUCAAUGACUGAGAGUAGAGAUUUCAAAGGUGGCAUUGAGGUUGGCUUAGCUCUCCCCAAGUCUAAGAUGGAUGCUUUUGGCACUUUCUUCAUUGAAGGUCUCAAAUUCUUUUGUAAUCAAUUUGAUUAGCACACUAAAUUUAAUGGUUAA